AAAAAGACCUGAUUUAUCAAUCUAUUGUUUUCCUUAAACCGUUCAUAACAGCGACCGCAGAAGAAGAACGAUAAUGGAGAUCAAACCUGGUUUGUCAGCACUCGUCACUGGAGGUGCCUCUGGAAUCGGCAAAGGUCUAGUCCUUGCUCUUGCAGAGAAGGGUAUAUUUAUCACAAUUGUCGAUUUCUCUGAGGAAAAGGGAAGAGAAGUCGCAACCCUUGUUGAGAAAAUUCACACCAAGUUUCAUUCCAAGUUAAAACAUCCAUCUGCAAUGUUUGUAAAAUGUGAUGUGACUAAAGCAAGGGAUCUUGCUGCUGCAUUUGAGAAGCACUGUUUGACAUAUGGAGGACUAGACAUUUGUAUUAACAGUGCAGGGAUUGGUAAUCCUAUACCCUUUUAUAAGGAUCAAACGGAUGGUACUCUUUCAUGGAGACACACUGUUAAUGUGAAUUUGACUGCUGUUAUUGACUGCACUCGCCAUGCUAUUAAAAUCAUGGAAGCUGCCAAAAGGCCUGGUGCGAUUAUCAAUGUAGGUUCUGCUUCUGGUCUUUAUCCAAUGUAUGCUGACCCUAUUUAUAGUGGCUCUAAAGCUGGUGUUGUUAUGUUUUCUAGAGCACUUCGUCUGUACAAACGUCAAGGAAUUCGAGUCAAUGCGCUUUGCCCUGAGUUUGUUGAAACUGAUAUGGGCUUAAAGAUGGAUCGCAAUUUCAUCACUUUGAUGGGAGGCUUUAUACCUAUGGAAACGGUGGUGAAAGGUGCUUUUGAGCUCAUUACGGAUGAGAGUAAAGCUGGUCAUUGCCUAUGGAUUACUAUUCGUCGAGGUAUGGAGUACUGGCCCACCCCUUCAGAAGAAGCAAAGUACAUGAUAGGUUCUUCACGUUUUAAGAGAAGAUCCGAAUUCAAAGCUCCAUCAAUUAAACUCCCCGAGAGUUUUGAGAAAAUGUUAGUUCAGACCUUGACUCACAACUUUCGGAAUGCUACUAGCAUAGUGAAAACAUCACUGAGAUUUCCUGUCAAACCAAACCAUGUUCUUGUGAAGAUAAUUUAUGCUGGCGUAAAUGCUAGUGAUGUAAAUUUUAGCUCAGGCCGAUAUUUUGGUGGCAACAACAGUGAUACUGCUGCUCGUCUUCCAUUUGAUGCAGGAUUUGAGGCAGUAGGAAUAAUUGCAGCAGUUGGGGAUUCUGUUACUGACUUGAAAGUUGGUAUGCCUUGUGCAUUCAUGACUUUCGGAGGCUAUGCUGAAUUCAUAAUGAUUCCUUCAAAACAUGCCCUUCCAGUGCCUAAACCAGAUCCAGAAGUUGUUGCCAUGCUUACAUCAGGAUUAACAGCCUCAAUUGCUCUUGAAAAGGCAGGACAGAUGGAAUCGGGAAAGGUGGUCCUUGUUACUGCUGCGGCAGGAGGAACUGGGCAAUUUGCUGUUCAGCUUGCAAAGUUAGCAGGAAAUACAGUGGUGGCAACUUGUGGAGGUGGGGCAAAGGCCAAGCUUCUGAAAGAGUUGGGAGUUGACAGAGUCAUAGACUAUCAUAGUGAAGAUAUAAAAACUGUUCUAAGGAAAGAGUACCCGAAAGGUAUUGACAUCAUCUAUGAGUCUGUUGGUGGUGACAUGUUAAGCUUGUGCUUGAAUGCUUUGGCAGUCCAUGGACGACUCAUUGUUAUUGGCAUGAUUUCUCAGUAUCAAGGAGAUAAUGGUUGGACGCCAUCAAAUUACCCUGGAUUGUGCGAGAAGAUCUUGGCCAAGAGCCAAACUGUGGCUGGCUUUUUCCUGGUGCAAUAUAGUCACAUGUGGCAAGAACAUCUUGACCGACUAUUUAAUCUUCACUCUAUAGGAAAGCUAAAGGUUGGUGUUGAUCCGAAGAGAUUUAUAGGCCUGCAUUCUGUUGCAGAUGCUGUUGAGUAUCUCCAUUCAGGCAAAAGUGUUGGGAAGGUUGUAGUCAGCGUGGACCCAACUUUCCUUCAUCAAGCUGCCAAAUUAUAAGUCACAACACAUGUCAAAUGAUUUCACACAUGUGAUAUUCCCUCAGUUUCAAAUGCAGAAAGAAGUUAAGCUAGCAGCUCUUGUCCAAAUAUUGUUGUCAAAUGAUACUAAAAAUUAGCUGCAUCAGCUCAACAUCAUUGCUGAAAUAUUCUCAAUGCUUUUUUUAUUUUUGGGUUAAUAAUGCCAUUGUGAGCGUUAAAAAUCAGUAAGAAAAACAGAAUAAGGUAUAUCAAGUUUACGUUUACACUGUAAAGCACCUUUAUUUGCUUUUUUGAAAC